AUGUCUGACGAAAUUCCUUUCCAUAUCCAAGAGCUGAUCAUCAAAAGGCUUCCUAUCGUAUCAUUGCUUCAGUUCAGAGCCGUCUCGAAAACAUGGAAAUCUUUGAUUGACAACUCUAAUUUUGUCGCUGCUCACAGCGUUACUGAGUCGCAGCAUCUCCUUAUAAGGUAUGAAGAUAAGGAAUCUGACACUGUUGGAAAGUAUCUUUCUUUCGUAGAUGAUGACAUUUUCCCUCACCAGAGGUUUGCUCAUACCCUUCCUCAUUCCAUUAAACUACUCAAAAAUGCAAAUAUAGUCGGUAUUUCUUUUGGGAUAGUUUGUUUCCAUGGUUAUAACUUGGGAACGGAGAUGGUUGUUCUUUGGAAUCCUUCGAUUAGAAAGUCAAUCAUUGUUCCUAUGCCUAACAAGUUUAAUCUGAAUCCUGAAACUAAUCUUUGUUUUGGGGUUUCCCCUGUGACUACAGACCCUAAGAUAGUAGAGAUCACACAAUUUCACAAAACUAGCUACCAUUGUGAAGCUAAUGUUUACACUAUGAGCUCAGGCAAUUGGAGAAAUCUAUCUAACAAUCUUCCUAGUAAACCAUUUCAUAUCAUUUGGCCUCAGGUUGUUGUUGAUAGGUUUAUUUAUUGGUGUGCUUUUGACCCUAUGAAUGUAGAUAGUGAGUUACCGAAUCAUAAUUUUAUAUUAUCAUUUGACAUAACUAAUGAGAGUUUUGGAGUGGUAGAACUCCCUGAUAGUUUAAGUCGCCACUCUCCAAAACAGUUGUGUAUUUCUAUGGUAAGGGAGUCUCUUGUCAUGCUUGAAUAUGAUAGCUAUCAGAAACGUGCUUGUAGUGUAUGGAUGAUAGAGAAUGGUGUUGAGAAAUCAUUUACAAAGAGAUUUACUGUUGAGGCACCACAAUAUUGGUCAAUGUCAAUAACAACACUUGGAUUUAGGAAGAAUGCUAAACCUAUGGUGGAAGUGGAAAAUGCUCAUAUGUGUUACAAACAGGGUGCACUUAUGGUGUAUGACCCCAACAUUGAAUGCUUCAAAUAUCUUGGGAUGUAUGGAAAACCUGGAACAUUCUUUGUGCAUUCCUACAUAGAUACACUAGUUUUGAUAGGUCAGUCUGAUCGCAAUAUUGAGGUUGAAGAUGAUGUCUAG